GUCUUUGGUCCAAAAUCUAAUGUUGCAGAGAUGAAUAAGCAUUUGUGAAAAGAACCCACUUUACCAAUUCUCUCUCUCUCUCACACAUCUUGUUAGCAAGCAAAAAAGAUAGAAAGAAUCUUCAGAAGAAUCACAUUACAACAACAAAGAAAACACCACAUCCCAUCUCACCAACAACCCAAUCUCUCUCUCUCUCUCUCUCUUCACCAACAACAGUCAUUGAAAUCCAAAACCCACCAAAAGCUGUAACCAACUUGACAUCUUAUACAUGUCUUUCUGUUUUCUUCACACCACAACCCACUUGUUCUUCUUCUGAUUACACACAACCCCUCUUCAUUUUCUCUCUCUACAUGUCUAGAAUCACUAAAGUUUUGAUCUUGGGGGGGAAUUUGGAUCCACAGAGGAAAAGAAGUGGUGGGUUGAGAACCAAACAGGCUGGGAGAGGCUCUUGCAGGGGGAGUUAGGGUUGUUAGUUUGCUAUUGUUUCUUGAUUUUCUUCAUCUUUAUUGUGUUUUGAUAAAUGGGUUAUUUACUAAAAGAAGCACUCAAGACCCUGUGUGGUGUUAAUCAGUGGGCUUAUGCUAUUUUCUGGAAGAUUGGCUGUCAAAACCCUAAGCUUCUAAUAUGGGAAGAAUGUUAUUAUGAACCCGUAAUUUUUUCUAACGGUGGGCAUGGAGUUCAAGCAACAAAUAAAAUCGACUUGCUUGUAACCAAAAUGAUGAAAGAUAACUACAUCAAUCUCUUAGGAGAAGGAUUAGUCGGGAGGGUUGCAUUUACUAGAAAUCAUCAGUGGAUUAUACGCGAUAACAAAAUGCUAGGCCCCCAUCCACCCGAGGUAUCAAAUGAGGUUUAUGCACAAUUCUCAGCAGGCAUACAGACAAUAGCAGUUAUUCCCGUUCAUCCUCACGGGGUUGUUCAACUCGGUUCAUCCUCAACUAUUUUGGAGAAUCUGGGAUUUGUAAAUGAUGUUAAUAGUUUAAUUUCUCAACUUGGAUGCGUUCCCGGUGCAUUAUUAUCAGAAACCUACAUGAAAAAUGAAGAUGCCAUGAACACUAAUCCAAACGGGCCCGACUGUACACUCUUUACUCCUGACAUAUGCAACCAAACGGGCCCGAACCGGGCCCAGGUUGUCCACUCACCUCAGGCUUCAGGAAGCAGUGGACACACUUCUUUCUCUUUUGGUAGGCCUGUAAUUUGUCGAAGUUCUACAAUAUCUGACCCGAAAAACGGUCAACAAACUGCUUUUGGCUCGUUCUCAGCGAACUGUGACCCGUUAAGAUUAAUGGAACAACAUAUGUUAUCGGAUGCGUUUUUGGGAGAUAAUGGUGAUGAUACUAUGAUGUCUCAAAUAACAAAGGAGUCGAAUAAUGUCGUUGCAGGCUCGGAUCCAUGUUCUUUUCCAGAUGCUCACUUCUCUCGUGCACAGCUCGACGAACAGUGCACACGGGUCAAGUUGACUUCCAACGACGAAAAGCUAGAACAUGAAUUGUUUCAGGGUCUUACAAUGUCAUCAGAAGAAGCAUGUUUAAAACCGCCAUCUAGUGACGACUUGUUUGACAUUGUGGGUAUGGAUUUAAAAAACAAAUUAUUCGGUGGAAGUCGGGACAACGUUAUUAGUAAUGUAAUAGAACCAACCCCGCCAAAUCUAAUUAAAAACGGUAGAGCGGUUCUAGAUUCAUUUCCAGUUUAUGACGGAGAAUCCGAUAGCGGUAUCUAUUCAUCAACGGCCAGUGAUCAUCUUUUAGAUGCAGUUGUCUCUAAGAUUCAUUCCACUCCUGUUACUUAUUCAUCAUCUGUUUGGGCUAAUCGCGGGACUAGUUUGACGCAAAACGAGUUGAUUAACGGUGCCAAAUGUUUGAAAAACACAGGGGUAACGAGUUCUUUUUCGUAUAAAUCCGGGAUUUCGAAAGAAGACGGCGGAAACUUCUCUGAUACUAGUUCGAUAAUCUCAUCACAAGUCAGUUCUUGGGCUGACCAAAGACGUGAAGUGAAAAAAGAUUACGGUUUUGCAUCCGGGUAUGCUAAAAAGACUGAUGAAAUCAGCAAAUCUAAUCGUAAGAGACUUAAACCGGGAGAAAACCCUAGACCUAGACCGAAAGAUCGCCAGAUGAUUCAAGAUCGUGUAAAAGAAUUAAGAGAAAUCGUUCCGAACAGUGCCAAGUGCAGCAUCGAUGCUUUGCUAGAACGCACGAUCAAGCACAUGCUUUUCUUGCAAAGUGUUACAAAGCAUGCAGACAAGCUAAAACAAACGGGUGAAUCCAAGAUUGUGAGCAAGGAUGGUGGUAUAUUGUUGAAAGACAACUUUGAAGGAGGAGUAACAUGGGCGUACGAAGUUGGUUCACAGUCGAUGGUCUGUCCUAUAAUAGUCGAGGAUCUCAAUUCACCUCGUCAGAUGCUUGUAGAGAUGUUAUGUGAAGAAAGAGGUUCGUUCCUGGAGAUAGCCGAUGGUAUUAAAGGAUUAGGAUUAACUAUCUUGAAGGGGGUGAUGGAGUCUCGUAACGACAAGAUAUGGGCCCACUUUACCGUAGAGGCAAACAGGGAUGUGACGAGAAUGGAAAUUUUUAUGUCACUUGUUAGCCUCUUGGAUCAAGCUGCCAAAAACGGUGGUGAUUGCAAUGGGAAGGCGAAUAUUUCGGUCCAUGAACAAUCUUUCCACCAAGUGGCCACCAACCCUAUGAGUGUUGGACCGAGUAGCAUGCGGUAACGGGUCGCUUGGAGAUGUUGAGAGCAGCUCUGCCAUGACCGACAUGAUCCCAGCCUGGUUUACGUUAUCGAUCCAAAUGUUGUAUGUUAUUAGCUAACUGACUGAAACUUGUUUCUUACAAGGUUCUUGUAGUUGAUUAGAGCUUUGAUGCACAUGUAGCUGAAUGUUGGUGUGUGUUUUCAUGUAUUCAUCACUGGUUGUGUUUAAUAUAGUUUUUUGCUCCUUGUAAUCCACUUUGUAUAAUUUUUAGUUUUUGCUCUUUAUAAAAUUAAACCAGUUUAAACGCUUAA